AUGGCCUGCCUCACAGACUCCGAGCUCACUCGAUGUUACGAUGGCAAGCCGCGCUGGGUCCCUUGCGAGGCACCCGAGCAGGAGCAGAGCUUGGAAGAGUUCCGGAGCAAGUGGGAGCCGCUCCCCGACGCGGGCAGCGAUUCCAUAAAGGACUACUACUUCAGCUCCUAUGCACGUUUCGGCAUCCACGAGGAUAUGCUGAAGGACUGCGUCCGCACCAGUGGCUACAUGAAUGCCAUCAACAGUGCUAAGGCAUUGUUUCACGGAAAGACGGUGCUGGAUGUCGGCGCAGGUACGGGCAUUCUAUCACUGUUUGCCGCCCGCGCGGGUGCGGCACGGGUCGUUGGCAUCGAAUGCUCAAACAUUGCGAGCUACGCGACUGAGAUCGCUCGGCGGAAUGGCUUCGGCGAAGUCAUCACCUAUGUCCAGGGCAAGGUCGAAGAAGUCGAGAUCCCAGUGGACAAAGUGGACAUCAUCGUCUCGGAAUGGAUGGGUUACUUCCUGAUGUUUGAGUCGAUGCUUGAUAGCGUCCUGUUCGCGCGGGAUAAAUGGCUGAGAUCAGGGGGCCACCUCUUCCCUGACCGAGCAAGCCUCUUCAUGGCCGGUAUUGAGGAUGCCGAGUACAGGGAGGAGAAGCUGCUGGGCAUGGAGUGGUCAGGUUGCCUCGAGCAUGUACAGAAACCAACGAACUGA